CAUCAGUGGCAUCAUUUGUCCAACAAGUGGGACAUUUUCAUGAAUAAUUUUAGUUCGCUUGCUUCUAAUACCAAUAAUCUUAAAGUCAAUAUGUUUCUGCUUCAAAAGUACAUAUCAGAGUAGGACAAUAUACUUCACUAGAUACCUCCAUUUCCUUUCAUUUGCUCGAUUUCUUAUAUUCUUAUCAAUUGACCUGGAGAAACAUGGCUGCCGAACUUGUGGGUGGAGCUGUUCUGUCUUCUAUUCUUAAUGUUGUUUUUGACAGGAUGUCCUCACCAGAAGUUGCCAACUGGAUCAAAGGGAAGAAGCUUACCCAGAAGCUGCUUGAAAGGUUGAAGACUACUCUUUAUGCUGUUCAAGCCUUUCUCAUUGAUGCUGAGCAGAAGCAGAUCAAGGAGAGAGCUGUCAAGGACUGGCUCGAUACUCUCAAAGAUGCUAUGUAUGUUGCUGAUGACUUGUUGGAUGAAGUCUUCACCAAAGCUGCCACUCAGAAGGAUCCAGGUACCUUCUUCUCUCGUUAUCUCAAUUUGCAAGAUAGGGAGAUAGCAAACUGCAUGGAGGAAAUUAUUGAUAAGAUAGAAUCUAUUGUGAAACAAAAAGACACUCUUGGUCUUAGAGAGAUUCCUAAGGAGAACAUGUCAUGGAGGAUUACAACAUCUCUAGUUGAAAGAUCCAAUAUAUAUGGCAGGGAAAAAGACAAGGAGGUCAUAGUGAAAUUGUUGUUGGACGACGCUGAUACUACUGAUGGUGAUAUACCUGUGAUUCCCAUUGUGGGCAUGGGAGGAAUAGGAAAGACUACUUUGGCCCAAUUGGUUUACCAUGAUGACGAAGUGAAGAAGAAUUUUGAUUUUCAAGCUUGGGUCUGUGUGUCCGAAGAGUUUGAUGUUAUCAAGGUCACCAAGACUAUAAUUGAAACAAUAACUUCACGAUCUUGUAAGUUGACAGAUUUGAAUUUACUUCAACAUGAUUUAAAGGAAAAGCUGGCAAGACGAAAAUUCUUUGUUGUCUUGGAUGAUUCAUGGAAUGAAGAUUAUGACGCUUGGAAUAGCCUUCUAAAACCUUUUCAGAAUGGAGUUAAGGGAAGUAAAAUUCUCAUAACUACUAGAAGUAAAAAGGUGGCUUCUGUAGUGCAAACUGUUCCACCUCAUGAACUAAGUUUAUUGUCUCAUGAAGAUUGUUGGUUAGUGUUUUCAAAGCAUGCACGUCUUUCCACUGACUCUAUGCAGAAUACAACUUUAGGAAAGGUUGGCAGAAAUAUUGUAAAGAAGUGUAAUGGAUUGCCAUUGGCAGCUCAAGCCCUUGGAAGCUUAUUGCGUGGGAAUUCUGAUGUCAAGUACUGGAAUCAUAUAUUGAAGAGUGAGAUAUGGGAAUUCUCUGAUGACAGGAUAAAAGUUGUACCGGCAUUAAGAAUUAGCUACUAUUAUCUUCCUUCAUGCUUGAAAGAGUGCUUUGUUUAUUGUUCCUUGUAUCCCAAAGACCAUGAAUUCGACAAAGAUGAAUUGAUUUUGUUAUGGAUGGCAGAAAAUUUUUUACAACCAGUAGGAAAAAAAAGUAUGGAAGAAGUUGGCGAUGAAUAUUUUGAUGAAUUAGUUGCGAGAUCAUUUUUCCAGCCUCAUAGUACUCGGGAAAAGAUAUUUGUGAUGCAUGAUCUGGUGCAUGAUUUGGCAAUGAUCUUUGGUGGAGACUUCUAUUUUAGAGCUGAGGAGGUUGAGAAUACUGUUGAAGUUGAUAUUAAAACUCGUCAUUUGUCACAUAAUGCUAAAGGCAAUUACCCAAUGUCAAAACUUCUGGGAGUUUGUGACAAAGUAAAACAUACAAGGACAUUUCUUGAAGUUAAUUUGGAUUGGGGGAUUCCAUUCAACAUGGAAAACGCACCAUGCAUUUUACUCUCACAAUUGAAGUACUUGAGAGUUUUGUCUUUUAAAUGCUUCCCUCUUGACUCACUUCCUGAUUCAAUAGGUGAGUUGAUUCAUUUGCGUUACUUGGAUCUAUCCAAGACCUACGUUGUGACAUUGCCUGAGUCACUGGGUAACCUGUACAAUUUGCAGACUUUGAAGCUGAAUGGAUGUUCAAAUCUGAAAAUUCUUCCAGCUGGAAUGCAAAAUCUUGUCAAUUUGCGUCACCUUGAUAUUACAGGGACUUGUUUGCAUGAGAUGCCGAAAGGCAUGAGCAAAUUGAAAGGUUUGCAGUUUUUAAGCGACUACAUUGUUGGGAAGCAUGAAGAGAACAAGAUCAAAGAACUGGGAGCACUUGCAAAUCUACACCAAUCACUUUCCAUUACCAAAUUGGAGAAUGUGGUCAACAGCAAUGAAGCUUCGGAGGCAAGAAUGUGUGAUAAGGAUGGCAUUAACUCUUUGAGCUUGUGGUGGUCAGUAGAUAAAGAUGAGAACACAGUAGAUUCCCAAAUUGAAAGAGAUAUACUUGACAAGUUACGACCUCACAGUAAUUUGAAAGAACUACAAAUCAGGGGUUACAGGGGUACAACGCUUCCAGAUUGGUUGGGGCAUUCUUCCUACCACAACAUCACCAAGGUACUUAUGGGCGGUUUCCUUUCGGGUGGUUUCAGAAAUUGUUGUAUGCUUCCUUCACUUGGAGAGUUGCCCUCUUUGAAGCACCUAAAAAUUAAAGGCUUUGAAAGGCUUGGGAUUGUUGGUGCUGAAUUUUACCAAAACCAUGAUUCUUGUGUGGAGACACCAUUUCCAAUGCUUGAAACACUCUGGUUUGAAUCAAUGCCUUGCUGGAAGGAGUGGCGUUCAUUAGAGUUCAAUGCAUUUCCCAGACUUAGGAAGCUUACCAUAUGGGGGUGUCCCAUGUUGACAGGAGAUUUGCCCAAUCAUCUACCAUCUUUGAAAUAUCUUGAUAUUCGGAAUUGCGAGCAGCUGAGUUCUUGCCUUCCAAGAGCUCCUGCUAUUACCAAAUUGUGUCUACUUCAUAGCAAUAAUGUGAGAAUUCUAGAGCUACCUCCUUUAUUGCAUGAACUAUUAAUCAAAGGAAAGAAUCUAGUGGAGGCCGUCGUGCCGGCCAUAAAGAACACCCAACUAAGUUGCCUCACAUCUUUAUCCAUCUCAGAUUGUUCCUCCCAUAUAUUGUUUCCAUUGAGUAGUAUUCCUGCAUCAGUGAAAAAGUUGAGGAUAUCAAGUUGUAGAAACUUAGAAUUCCAAAUUGAAGGCCAACACGACUCGCUGCAUAUACUUGAAAUAAGUAACAGCUGUGAUUUUGAUUUUACUUGCUACAUGAAGAAUGUUUAAUCAUUCAAAUAUGCAGAGUGGUCCAAAAUCUUCAGGAGGACAAAGAGAUCGAUACAAGUAUAAUCACAAACUACCUGGUUCUUCAACAUGAUUUGUUCCACAUGUUUAGACAAAGCAAGAUGUUUAUGAGUUUUGACAAUGUUAUUACUUCAGCGAGUUAUAUUCCAAACUUAUUUUAUGAAAAUGGAGCAAAGUAGCUUAUAAAUACUAUGGUAGGAUCAUAUUUAUAAUACUGUCCUGUGAAAAUUCAUUAUUAGUUCAUUAUGGUUCUUGCUCUUUGGCGAUUCUUCCCUUCUUGUUUGUAUAGGGACAUUGCAUUGCAAAUAAUGGACACUCACUCUCAUGGAGAAUAAUACUCUCAUCAUCACUGUGAUUGCUUGCUUGCUUCCUUCCUUUCUUCCAAAGAAACAAUUUAAGAAGCCUAUUUUCAAGGCAUUGAAGUUUCCAAUUGAACAAUGAUGUAAUUUGGAACUUUUGUUGACUGAGUUCUGUAGUUGAAUGCAAUCUAUCUAUUCAUUAUGUAAAAUUGAGUUGGACAUGAACCGUAAGAAAUAAGUGGUCUGAGAGUGUAAAAUGCUAUUGUAGAGAUAACAUGAAUAAAUUUUGGUCUUUGGAGUAUUGUUUCUUUCAGUA